AUGUCACUUUACUGUCAGUCAAUACCCCCAAUAAUUUCCGUAAAACUUUUGUUUCGUCCUAUUUUGACUUAUUCGGUUUUUUAAGUACAUUCUAACUACUACUGUACGUAACGUACUGGUUGUGUAAACAAAACAAAAUCAAGAAUGAAGGAAAUAAUAAUAAACUAUUUCUAAAUUUUAUUAUUCAUGAUAAUCGGACAAUUUAGACUGAACAUGUACUGAUUAUUUACAAACUGUAUUAGGUAUUGUAUAUUGUUUGCUUCUUAUCAAAUUGACAAUUAUUAAUUGCAUACCUCCAAGUAAUUUUGUUACAACCGCUAGCAAUGCCCAGUCAGUAUGAAGAAGAACGUACUUGGGAAGCACCAAACCACAAUCAGUAUGAGGAAGAAGGUAAUGAAGAUAUCAUUGAAAAUCCUGAAGAAGUCCUACAGGAAUGUUUGGAAAAAUUUAAGACUCCAGAUUACAUAAUGGAACCUGGAAUAUUUGGACAACUUAAACGAUAUUUUCAAGCAGGAGGUAAUCCUGAGCAAGUUAUUGAACAAUUGUCUAUUAAUUAUAGUGCUGUGGCACAAAUGGCAAAUUUAUUAGCAGAAUGGCUUAUACUGGGAGGUGUAAAAGUGACAGAAGUUCAAGCAAUGGUAGAAAAUCACUUGAAAGACAUGAUUCUUAAAACUUUUGAUCCCAAAAAAGCAGACACCAUAUUUACUGAAGAAGGUGAAACACCAGCUUGGUUAACAGAAAUGAUUGAACAUCCUACUUGGAGAUCAUUAAUAUAUAGAUUAGCAGAAGAGUAUCCUGACUGUUUAAUGCUUAAUUUUACCAUCAAGCUAAUAUCUGAUGCUGGUUUUCAAGGGGAAAUAACCAGUAUAUCCACUGCUGCUCAACAAAUUGAAGUAUUUUCCAGGGUUCUCAAGUCAGCCAUUGUAGGAUUUUUGCAAAGUUCAGAUGAUUGGCAAAAUAGUGUAAAUGAAUGUGCAAAAAUGGUAUGUCAUGGUGCUCAUACUUAUGUAUACAGCCAAGUAAUCGUUCACAUAUUAUCUCAAGAGCCAAGAGGAGGUGCUAUUAUGAAAAGACUCAGUCAAGAAAUAACACGUUGUGCUCAACAAGGUGGACACGACGUGACACCUAUCACACUGUCGCUGACUGCCGGCGAGAGCUAUCGUAACGCCCGCACUGCACUCGCAGCUAUGCUAUCACGGGGUGCUCUCAACCCUGCUGAUAUUUCCGUAUUGUUUCGAGCGUACACACAACCGGAACCACCACCAGUUCAUCUACUACGCAUUCCUCAAUUUUUAGAACUACUAGUGGACUCACUAUUCAAGCUUGGCAGCAAAUUAAAUCCUGAACAUAAAUCAAAAUAUAUGUAUCUAUUGGCGUAUGCUGCUAGUGUAUGUGAAGGAGUGACGCCAGGAAGACCAGUAAAAGACGAACUUAAAGCUACAGUACAAGCUAUAGAAAAAGUACAUGCUGUAUGCAACAGCUCUGCCAGCUCCAGCGAAUUGAUUGCUGAAUUACCUACAUUAUAUCAUUGCAUAAGAUUUCCUGUUGUUGGUAUGGGUGUUUUAGUGUGGGUCGAAUGUGUUGUAACAGAGCCUUCCUAUUUCAAGUUAUGCACUGAGCACUGUCCAGUUCAUUUAGCAUUGUUAGACGAAGUAGCUUCAUGCCACCAAUUGCUUCACCACAGACUAUUGAAGUUACUUGUGCAGUUAUUUGAAUCACCGCAAGAUGAAUUAGAAAUUCUAGUGCAGUUGGAAUUAAAAAAAAUGUUGCUUGACCGCAUGGUAAAUUUACUAAGCCGCGGUUGUGUAGUACCUGUAUUACGGUACAUCAAGCAGUGUUGGCAACGUGGGGAUACAGAUAUUUCCCUAAUAAGAUAUUUCAUCACUGAGGUUCUAGAUGCAAUAGCUCCACCAUAUACCCCAGAAUUUGUGCAACUUGUAUUACCGAUGGUUGAAAACGAAGAAAUCACUGGCACAAUGAGAGCCGAAGGCGAAAACGAUCCGGUUUCCGAAUUUAUAGUUCACUGCAAGGCGCAUUAUGUGGUGGUUUAAUAAUUCUACAUUUUAUAUAAAUGAAUAAGUCUCGAAUUAUAGUUUGUAGCUGUCUCAGCAAAACACUACAUAUUAAAAAAGUGAAGCUGUGUUCUAUAGAGGUAGAAGUAAAAAUAGUAGACAUUUUUAUAAAAUGUCAUAAUAGA